UUGGAGGCCUAAAAGAUGGAAUGCAAAUCUAUUGAAUUAUUAACCACUUUUCGAAUGGAUCUACUCUUCUUCCUUGAGACUUUUUAGCUAUGUUGAUAUCCAAGUUAUAUCAAAUAUUGGUUUCGAAGAUAACCAGUUUAUUAUUUUUUCUCAUCAAGUUUGGUCCUGUUCCUAGACAUUUGGCUAUUAUUAUGGACGGAAAUAGACGCUGGGCAAAACAGAAGGGACUACCUCCUUCAGAAGGUCAUCCUUGGGGAAGCAAGACCCUAACCAACGCCUUACAAUGGUGUUAUGAUAGUGGCAUUCGACAACUCACACUAUUCGCGUUCUCCAUCGAAAACUAUAAGAGACCGGAAGAAGAACGGAGAAGAUUGUUUGCGUUGACCAGAGAAAAGCUGGUGGAAAUGUUGGAUUCCAGAGAUGUCGUUCAACGCUACCGAGUUCGAGUGACUGUGGUUGGUGACUUAUCCUUGUUACCUGAAGAUCUUCAACAUUUGAUGUAUUCCGUUAUGAAAGAAACUGCUGAAAAUGAAGGCCCAAGACUGAACAUUUGUUUUUCUUAUACAGCAAGAGAUGAAAUAUGUACAGCUAUGGUGCAUAUGAUCGAUGACUUUUUGGAAUCAAAGCUAUCCCUCAUGGAUAUGAAUGCCAAUAUGUUGGAUGAAUAUAUAGCACGCGGUCAACAAAUGAGCAAAGACUGUCUAACUCCAGAUAUCAUUUUGCGCACAUCUGGAGAGACAAGAUUGAGUGACUUUUUGUUAUGGCAAUCUUCAUAUUCUCUGCUUUAUUUUUCGACUCGUAUGUGGCCAGAUUUUGGUAUAUGGGAUUUUGUUCGACUUCUUUUUUGGUAUCAGCGUCAUUGGAAAGAAUAUCAAAGACUUCGUAAAUUACAAAUACACUAAUGUAGUAGAUUGUACAAACGUCCAUUUCCAUAGUUGAUGGAAGAAGAAUACUUUCAAAUAUGGCUCAACAUCAUUAUAGUUUUUCUGAAUCUUCCCAAGGAGUUGCUUUGAAAGAGUUUUUUUGGGAUCUCAGUCCUUGUUUAUAACUUGUCCAGAAUUUCCACAGAGUAUGUUUUUUUCGUUGCAGCUCCAUAUCGCUUUCAUGUCCUUGAAGAUUGGUAAAAAAUGGUUCAAGUUCAAUGUUCAAAGUAGAUUCCUAGAUAUGGUCC